UCCUCCUAGCAGCGGGCCUUGUUGAAGGCACACACACAUAAACACACACACAUAUGCUGUCAGAGAGCAGACAACCAUCAAAUCAGAUCCACGUUUUGGAUUGCCUGAUUUUACUGCCACAAACACCGGAUGAGCCCAACCGCAGGAGCUGUCCUAAUGGACCUUCACCGCUGAUCAGCAGCAGCAUCAUCUGCUCGACAGCGCGGUGGGAUCUUUUGGCUCUGAUGGUACUGGCUGAUCAGUGACCACUGCCUGUCUGAGGAUACCUGCUGCUCAGUUCCCCUCAUCAUGUCUGGGGUCCAUGUGCCAUGGUCGACUGGCACAGAAUGUGUUGCCAAAUAUAACUUCAAGCCCGGUAAUGAACAGGACCUGCCUUUCUGCAAAGGAGAUGUACUGACCAUCAUCGGAGUCACCAGGGAUCCAAACUGGUACAGAGCAAGAAACACAGUGGGCAGGGAGGGCACCAUUCCAGCCAACUAUGUCCAGAAAAGGGAAGGAGUCAAGUCUGGAGGGAAACUCAGUCUUAUGCCCUGGUUUCAUGGGAAGAUAACCCGCGAGCAGGCAGAGCGACUCCUCUAUCCUCCAGAGACGGGCUUGUUCCUGGUCAGGGAGAGCACCAACUACCCUGGCGAUUACACCCUGUGUGUCAGCUGCGACGGCAAAGUGGAACACUACCGCAUCAUCUACCACAACGGCAAACUCACCAUUGAUGAGGAGGAGUUCUUUGAGAAUCUCAUGCAGCUGGUGGAGCACUACACCAAAGACGCCGAUGGCCUUUGUACCAGGCUGAUUAAACCCAAGCUGAUGGAGGGAACGGUGGCAGCACAGGACGAGUUCUCCAGGAGUGGCUGGGCCUUGAACAGGAAGGAGCUGAAACUCCUCCAGAUCAUUGGUAAAGGGGAGUUUGGAGAUGUGAUGGUGGGAGACUACAGAGGGACCAAGGUGGCGGUCAAGUGUAUUAAAAAUGAUGCCACAGCACAGGCUUUCAUCGCUGAGGCCUCCGUCAUGACGCAGCUGAGGCACAACAACCUGGUGCAGUUGCUGGGUGUUAUCGUUGAAGAGAGGGGCAGUCUCUACAUUGUCACAGAAUACAUGGCCAAGGGCAGCCUGGUGGACUACCUGCGGUCCAGAGGACGGACUGUCCUCGGUGGGGACUGCCUGCUCAAGUUCUCACUUGACGUGUGUGAAGCUAUGGAGUACCUGGAGGCCAACAACUUUGUCCACAGAGACCUGGCAGCUCGAAAUGUGCUGGUGUCUGACGACAACAUCGCCAAGGUCAGCGACUUUGGCCUCACCAAGGAGGCCUCCUCUGUGCAGGACACGGCCAAGCUGCCCGUCAAGUGGACCGCCCCUGAAGCACUAAGGGAGAAGAGGUUUUCUACUAAGUCGGAUGUAUGGAGUUAUGGAAUCCUGCUUUGGGAGAUUUACUCCUUUGGCCGUGUGCCUUACCCUAGAAUU